CCUCUUUUUUUGUUUGAUUCAAUUCACUUUCUUUCACUAAAUAAACAAGCCAACAAAAGCAAACCGAACAAAUAUGGCGUCAAUCAUCGUGUUUAAUGCUGGUUCCUCGAGCCUGAAAUUUAAAUUAUUUCAAACCCCCGAAUUGAACGUCGUCGCCUCCGGAACAUGUUCAGAAAUUGGCUCUGAAAAUUCGAUCUUUUCAUGGAAAAUAGCCGACAAGAAAAGCGAAGAAUCGUGCACCCUCAAGUCCCAUGAAGAUGCUCUUCUUUGCGUUUUGAAGAGGUUGAAAAAGGAUAAAGUGCAGGGACUCCACGAAAAAGAUAUCGAAUACGUCGGUCACCGGGUCGUGCACGGCGGUACGCAUCGCAAGCCCGUCCGCAUCACUGACAAGACGUUGGAAGAGCUCGACAAAUUGACUGAAUUGGCACCUUUGCACAAUCAUCGCGCCGCCAACGUGAUGCAUGCUUGCUUGAAGAAUUUGCCCAAAUCGGAAAACUUUGCUUACUUCGAUACCAUGUUCCAUUCCACCGUACCCGAACAUAUUUACACUUAUCCCAUUCCGCGUGAACAAGCGCUAAAGAAAAUGAUCCGGAAGUGGGGUUUCCACGGUAUUUCCUACCACUAUGUCAUUAACAAGGUCGCCGACACUAUCGGGAAAUCCUUGGAUGGCAUGAAAGUGAUUGCCAUGCACCUUGGUAACGGUAGCAGCGUAUGCGCCAUUCGCAACGGCCAAAGUUUCGAUACAACCAUGGGAUUGACACCUGUAUCAGGUUUGCCUGGAGGAACACGUUCCGGUGAUAUUGAUCCUUCGGCAGUAUUCCAUCUUGUCUCGCGUCCUGAUGAAGAACGCGGCGAUGAAUUUAUUCAUUUAUCCAAGGCCGAAGAAAUCUUGAACAAGUGCAGCGGUUUCAAGGGAUUGUGCGGAAAAUCGAAUAUGGCGGAAAUCCUUGAAUUGGCCAAACAAGACACGGAGGAAGGCCAUGAUGCUCAGUUGACGUUGGAUAUCUUUAUUAACCGUAUACAAAACUACAUUGGCGCUUAUUUUGUAGCUCUUGAAGGGGUGGAUGCUAUUUUAUUUACAGGAGGUAUUGGUGAACAUGCAGCUCCAGUUCGUGAAGCCAUUGCGGCCAAAUUGAAAUGCCUUGGUAUCCAACUCGAUGAAAAGAAAAACAGCGAGGUCAAGGAUCAUUUGUCGGAAAAAGGCGUCAUGGAUAUUUCCUCGAGCCAAUCGUCCGUGCGUAUCUAUGUGGUCGAAACCAAUGAAGAAUUGCAGAUCGCGCAACAGUUGUAUCAUCAUAUUUCCUCUUAAUCCAAAUCCAUUGCAUCGUCCAGAUCGGGCUUCAACGGUGGUUGAUGGAUUACCUAAUAUCAUUGUAAAUUAUAUUAGCUUUUUACUGUGUAUAAACGAAAAAAAAGUUCUCUUUUUUUUUCUGUCAUACCUCGAUUGACUUCACUUUUU